AUGCCAGACGCUGUCUCCUCCUCCUCUUCAUCGGCUCCAGAGUCACAGCGCCUCCUCUCCAAACCCCCGCCCUCGUAUCACAGCGUCGACGAUGGACCCGUCUCCGAGCAAGACUCUCCGCCCCCUCUAUUGAACAAAUUCAGCAAGUCCGACACUGUUUGGAUUCUAGCUGGACUUUGGUCGGCGGUGUUCCUCGGGGCUCUUGGGACUGUCGUCGCCACGCUCCUGACGCCCAUCGGCAGCGACUUUAACAAGUCCAAUCAAGCGUCCUACAUCGGGACUUCCUACCUCUUAUCGUUGUGCUGUUUCACACCUCUAUAUGGCCGUAUGUCGGAUAUCCUGGGCCGCAAGGGCGCUAUGCUUACUGCCUUGUUCCUUUUCGGCACUGGAACCCUUCUUUGCGGAUUUUGUCCUUCUAUGAAAACUCUGAUCAUGGCGAGAACGCUGGCUGGAAUGGGCGGUGGAGGUUUGUACGGUCUGGGGGCAGGGAUCGGCGGACCUUUGGGUGGCUGGGUCAAUGACAAGUUUGGAUGGCGAUCGGCUUUCUUAUUUCAAGCCCCAUUGCUCAUUGUCAGUGCGGUACUAGUGGCUUGGAAGGUAAACAUCAGGCUUCCCUCCGAAGUCGAAUCACAGUCGCUACACGAGAAAUUGCGUCGCGUUGACGCACUGGGAUCUGCCACCUUAGUCGGAACUGUGGGCACGCUUCUUCUCGGAUUCAGUCUCAAGACCACCGAAGAGAUCCCGUGGUCACACCCUUCGAUCGUAUCUUUGUUCUCGGCUUCUGCAGUAUGUUGCGUGUCUUUUGUGUUGGUGGAGAAAUACUGGGCGCCUUUCCCGGUGAUGCCACUUGGUCUCAUCACCCGGAGAACGCCUCUGGCGGUAUCUGUCGCCAAUCUGUUUGCCAGUAUGGCUGCAUUCUCGAUGAUAUACAAUGUCCCGCUGUACUUCUCGGCUGUGCGACUGUAUUCGGCGGCCAAUACGGGAUCCCACUUGUUACCCCAUUCAGUGAGCACUCGGCCUUGUCUUGCGGAGUUGGACAUCCUCAGCCGAGAUUUCGCCCAGAUAGCUAUUUCCUUUGGCAGCGUCUUUGCCGGAUGGGCAAUGCGUCGGACAGGCAAGUUGUACGUACUCACGCUCGUGGCAUCGGCCGCCAGCAUUUUCGCCAACAUCCUUGUGAUACUUUGGGACGAAAAGACAUCUCAGUGGCAUCUUUGGCUCGAUAUCGUUCCCCACGGCUUCGGGAUGGCAAGUUUCAUCACCACCACUCUGAUCGCAAUUACCUAUCUUUUCCGCACGACCGGUCAGGUCCUUGGGGUCAGUCUCAGUGGGGCAAUCCUGCAAGCUGUCUUGGUCCAGAAACUCCGGGAGCGCAUCCAGGGCCCAGGCUCCGCAGAGCUGAUACAUCAAAUCCAACAUGCGACGGAUAGCAUUGGUCAUCUGGACCCCGUCACACGAAAAGCAGCGGUUGAUUCAUACGCUGACGCACUUCGCGUCGUCUUCAUAUUCCAGGCGGCAAUGUCCUUUUUGGCUCUUCUGUCGUCGAUCCCGAUCCAAGAAAGUCCCUUGCCUGAACUCACCAAGCGGACGGGCAUGCCAGGAGAGGCAGAGAAACAAAUGGAUGUGGUCGGAUCAAAGUUGGGGCAAAUUGUGACGGCUGUCACCGACAACUUUCUCUCGGCCGUGAUGUCCUCUGCUGGAGGAUCCUAUGCGGUCAACGCCAUGCGCAACGCACGCGUCAUGCGCGACGUGAAGGCGCGCAAGGGCGUGCUUGCAAACGAAGUCACUCGUCGCGCGUACCUCUAUGUUGCUCGGAACACCACGCUUCCGGCCCAAGUCCGCCACCAGGCGCAACUGCAGCUCAAUAGCUUCGACAAAUAUUCACGCCCUACGACUGUGAAAAACCGCUGUGCAGAGACUGGACGGGGGAGGGGUAUCAUCGGUGAAUUUGCGCUGUGCAGGCAUCAAUUCCGCCUCCAGGCUUUGCACGGUCAACUCAAUGGUGUCCGAAAAGCCAUGUGGUGAACAAAGCUUGCUGGUCCAAGAGAUAUAGUACUAUUACUGCUAUCGUACACCACCACCUUCAAGUAGUCUUGGGCGUAUUUUCUGCACUGUUGAGUUCGGCUAGACGAAUCUCAGGUUCACCUCUCUCUCUCCUCCAGCGAUUGAC